UCCCUCUCCGUUUCCCAGCCCCGCCAUGAAAAAACACGCAACAGCGCGCCGCGUGAUGGAGGCAUCCCGGAAGACAUUUUCACCAAACACACACAGUGGAAGGAGCCACACUGUGUGUGUGUGAGUGUGUGUGAGUGUGUGUCUGUGUGUGUGUCGCUGCUGCCGCUGACUCAAUGGCAGAUAAGACUGAGCUGCCGAGCAGAGAGCGAGCUCUGAGGGGGAGGCAGGAGAAAAUGGUCGUGGCAGACAAGCAUGCAGUCAGUGGAAAUCCCACUGUGGAGCCUUUUCCAGAAGGCAUGGAGACCAUCAUGUUUGGUAUGGGGUGUUUCUGGGGUGCAGAGAAACUUUUCUGGCGACUUUCAGGGAUCUUCUCCACACAAGUUGGCUACGCCGGCGGCUUCACACCCAACCCCACCUACCACGAGGUUUGCUCAGGUCUAACGGGUCACACCGAGGUGGUGAGGGUGGUCUUCUCCUCUAAAGACGUCAGCCUUGAGGAGCUGCUUAAACGCUUUUGGGAGAACCAUAAUCCUACACAAGGUAUGAGGCAGCAGAGUGACCAGGGUUCUCAGUAUCGUUCAGCUAUUUACACAUCCAGCCCCGCUCAACUGGAGCUUGCAUUGAAGAGCAAAGUGGCCUUCCAGCAGGAAUUGGAUAAAAAAGGCUUUGGUCGCAUCACAACAGAGAUCCGGGAGGGGCAGCAGUUUUACUACGCUGAGGACUACCACCAGCAGUACCUGAAGAAAGUACCUAAAGGCUCCUGCGUCCUCAAAGGCACCGGCGUCUCGUGUCCCAUCGGAGCCACAGAGGAUGAAGUGUGAGAAUAAAUUAAGAGAAGGGAUCAGGCAGGUGUCUGACCGUGCAUAUAUGUCACUGCUUCUAAGUGGGACAAAUGGAUAUGACUCACACGCACAUUUCAGAGUCUACUCAUUCUGGAUUGCACAAUGACACACCCGAGGCACUCGUGUAUGCAAUAUGAUAAACGUUUUGCUUAAUUCCCCCCCCCCCCCCACAACCCAUAAUUAUGAAUAAAAGUACUAUUUUACAUCAUACAAUUAUAUAUCAUGGAGCGACCAUCAGUUACCGAACAAGCUUUGUGUGCGACGCUUGUUAUAAUUAAACACACUAACCUGAAAUGUUUUGAAAAAAAUUAAAAUCACACUCAUGGUUUGACUCCAACAUACAGAGAUGAUAUCUGGGGAAGAAAAGCUUCUCGGUCGACCACAGUAGUGUGAUUCACCCCGCUCUUGUUUUUCCCCCUCCCUCUCUUCUAUCUUUCUUUCUCUGUGUGUAUGUGUCACAUCCUGACACCUGUGUGUAGGUGUGGACCAGGGCACAGGUGCAGGUGCAACCUCUCAGGGCCUAUUUUAAUAUUGGGACAGAUAUUUUUGCAUGUGCCUGCAUGCAGCAGCCUCUGUGUUUGUGUGCGUGUGUCUGUGUAUGUACACGUGUGUGUGUGUGUGUAUGUGUGUGCCGGGGCGUGUGAAGCUGCGGCUUGCUUGAUCGAACCACGCUGAGUGAUAUGUGGUUGUGCCAGCUAGCUGUUUUCUAGCCCGUCUGUAUUUUUUUGCAUGCUGUUGUGUUUCAACGAGUGUGCGAGAGGAGAUAACCUUUUUAAUAAAGCGAUCUGCAUUUCUACGAUGGUGUGAAACUUUUAAUCACA